UGUAUAAAUAUGGGCAUGUAAAUCAAAUAUUAACAUGUUUAGAGAGGAAGUAAAACAGAUGGACGGAAAUAGUGGUAUUGUGCAGAAUAAUGAAAUCAGCCAAGAAGAACACAAGAAGAUUAAGCAAAUCAGGGAUAUAGUCGAAAAGCAAGAUCCCACCUCCAAGGAGUAUGAUGAUUUGACAAUCAGAAGAUUUCUUCGUGCUCAAGAUCUGGAUGUAGACAAAGCUUCUGCUAUGCUUCUAAAGUUUAUUAAAUGGAGAAAAACAUUUGUUCCAAAUGGUUCAAUUUCUGUAUCUGAAAUCCCAAAUGAAUUAGCACAAAACAAAUUGUUCAUGCAAGGAACAGAUAGAAGUGGACGCUUGAUUACACUCGUAUUUGGUGGCAGACAUUACCAAAAUAAAAUAGGAGGUCUAGAAGAAUUCAAGCGUUUUGUGACCUUCACUUUUGAAAGAAUAACUUCAAGGAUGCCACCUGGACAGGAAAAGUUUGUUGCUAUUGCAGAUGUUGAAGGAUGGGGAUAUUCAAACAGUGAUAUACGUGCAUAUCUUGCCUCCAUCUCUAUUUUGCAGGAGUAUUAUCCAGAAAGACUUGGAAAAAUGUUUUUUCUGCAUGUUCCUUACAUAUUUAUGGCAGCAUGGAAGAUGAUUUAUCCUUUUAUCGAUAAAAAAACAAGGGAAAAGAUCAUAUUUGUUGAAAAUAAGGAGCUGAAGUCAACACUUCUGAAAGACAUUGAUGAGAGUCAACUUCCAGAAAUUUAUGGAGGCAAACUGAAAUUAGUUCCCAUUCAAGAUAGUUAA